AUGACCAGCAUCGCCACCAAUGUACCAUCCGCUCUCGACCUCUCGCAUCACAUCAAUACGCGCUCGAGGAGCAGGCACCCAAGCCCUCUGAAGGAUAUUCUGCAGUUCAUGGCGUAUGAAGGCAUGAUCAGCUUAUCUGGAGGUUUGUUGAGCCCCUUCGGCAAUGGAACUUCAAUGCUAAAUGUUGAAGGCUUGCCACAUCCAUCACUAUUCCCCAUCCGCCAAUUGUCAUUCACUGCGCUCAACUCUUCGGGAAAAUCCGGUGAGUUGAUAGAGAUCGAGUUGUCCGAUAAAAAGGAGGAUCAGGACCCUCUGGCAAAAUUUCUCCAAUACGGCAACUGCAAGGGAAAUGAUACCCUGCGAAAUUGGUGUUUAGACUUCACUGCCAAUAUUCUCCGGCCGGCAUACAAUGAUUUCGAGGUUCUUCUGCAUCCUGGGAACACCAAUGCUUGGAGUAAGGUCGUAGCGCUUCUAUGCGAAGAAGGGGAGCAUAUUCUUUGCGAAGCUGUUACGUAUCCUUCGGCUCAAGCUUUAUGGAUCCCGGAAGGAUACUUCGCUGCUCCAGUGGCUAUGGAUGGGCAAGGAAUAAGAGAUGAUGCGCUCGAGGACGUUCUAUCCACUUGGGAAGAGACUCAUCCGGGCAAACGCAGGCCCCAUGUGCUUUAUCUCGUGAGCGUUGGCUCCAAUCCCUCGGGUGUGACAAUGGGCGCGGAGCGACGGAAGAAAAUUUAUGACUUAGCCUCAGACUUUAUCAUUGUCGAAGACGACCCCUAUUUCUUCAUCCAGUUCCCCGACUACGAAAUUAAUGCCAAGACCGCGGCCGCUAUGGUAUCUAAUGAAGAGUUUGUUACAUCACUGGCACCUUCAUUCCUUCACUUUGACUUCCAAGGACGAGUUAUCCGGCUGGAUUCGUUCAGCAAGACUCUCGCCCCAGGCAUGCGACUAGGCUAUUUUGUCGCCAAUCCAAUCUUUAUCGAACGCCUUUUGCGGGCUACCGAAGUUGAAACCCAAGAUCCGUCUGGCCCGUCUCAGGCCAUCGUUCUUUCGCUUCUUGAAAAAUGGACUAUGGGGGGAUACUUAGAAUGGCUGCAAAAUCUUCGACUGCAAUACAUGCGACGGCGAGACUGUAUGAUCGACGCAUUUUCGCAGCACUUCCAGCUUGUUCCAGCUGCUAAAAGCGGCAUUCCUGAUGCAUUUGGUAUCGUGGCAUUCCUACUUCAUAGUGACGGCCAAGGCACGACCCCGAUAUUUAGUUUCGUCCCUCCCAGUGGGGGGAUGUUUAUUUGGGUUAAUUUCUACCUUUCAAAGAACCCACGAUUCAAGCAAUUACAAGCUGAUUCAUCGAUUGCUGACCCGGAGGACAAAUUUUCCGGCGAACUCUGGAGACAGUGGAUUGAUGCUAAGGUUCUCCUUGUGCCCGGCUGGUAUUAUCACCCUUGGCAGGGUGAGGACAAGAAGUCCACUAAAGCCAGAGCAGCGGCUCCCGAAACAUCGAAUUUUCGGUUCUCUUAUUCAAUGCCAAGCGAAGAGGAAAUACAACAGGGAGUCAAGCGAUUUGCUUCGGUGGUCAGACACUCAUGGGAGCUGUGA